UCACCUAACACACACACGAGCACAGAGUAUCGUUCGUACGUACGUGUGGCAAGCCAACGAACACCGGUUGGUCUGUCAUGGACCUGGUGCGCCUUGUGGUCGUCGCCCUUGUACUCGUACCAUGCGUCGUCUUCCGGCACUCGGCCGACGCAGAGAACCGGCACGUUUUCCUGGACUGGGAGGUGUCCUACGCCGUCCGCUCCCCGCUGGGCGUGGCCAAGAAGGUGAUCGCCAUCAACGGCGACUUCCCGGGCCCGCUGCUCAAUCUCACCACCAACGACGUGGCACACGUCAACGUCCUCAACACCCUCGACGAGCCUUUCCUCCUUACAUGGAACGGUUUGCAGAUGCGGAGGAACUCGUGGAACGACGGCGUGGCGGGGACCAACUGCCCGAUACGGCCCGGAGAGAACUGGACGUACGUGUUCCAGGUCAAGGACGAGGUGGGCAGCUUCUUCUACCGCCCGUCGCUCGGCCUCCACGCCGCGGCCGGUGGCCACGGCCCCAUCCGCGUCAACAACCGUCCGGUCAUCGACGUCCCGUUCCCCCGACCCGACGGCGACUUGGACGUCCUCGUGGGCGAUUGGUACAACAUGGACGUGAGCGAGAUGAGACAACACCUGGACAAAGGCAGCGAUCUGCCUUCGCCGGACGGUAUCCUGAUCGACGGCUUGGGCCCUUACGAGGCGUCGCUGACGUUCAAGGCCGGCCGCACGUACCGGCUGCGCGUCUCCAACGUGGGCACCAGGACGUCGCUCAGUUUCCGGAUCCAGGGCCACAAGCUGCUGCUCGUGGAGGCUGAGGGGACAUACACCGCGCAGAAGCACUACGCCUCCCUGGACGUCCACCCCGGCCAGUCUCUCUCGGUCCUCGUGGCGGCCGACCAGGCGCCCAAGCCCUACUACACGGUCGUCAGCUCGCUCUUCGUCACCCCGGAGCUCUUUGGCGUCGGCACCGUCCUCUACGCCGGCGGGCCAUCAGCAGCUGGUUCUGCAGCAACCGGCGAUGCGCCGCUCCACGACCUGUCCUCGCACAACAGCUACAACCGGUCUAUGGAGCAGGCGAAGACCAUCAGGAUGAACUUGACGUCCGGCGCGGCGCGGCCCAACCCGCAGGGCUCCUUCCACUACGCAAGCAUCAACGUCACACGCACCGUGCUGCUCCAGAACGGCGUGGCCGAUAUCGACGGCCGGCGGAGGUGCACGGUGAACGGCGUCACCUUCGCCAACACCGGCACGCCGCUCAAGCUCGCCGACUACUUCAGGGUUCCUGGCGUCUUCACGGUCGUCUCCGGCAGGCCAGAGAGGAGAAACCGUCCCGCCCUCGGCACUACGGUCAUAGACGCCUCGUACAAGGACUUUGUCCAGAUCGUGUUCCACAACAGACUGCCGUCCCUGCAGACUUGGCACCUUGACGGCUACAGUUUCUUCGUUGCUGGGAUGGGCUGGGGCAAAUGGAGCCCGGACACGAGGUCAACGUACAAUCUGGUUGAUGCUGUAUACCGUUCUACCAUCCAGGUGUACCCUGCGUCAUGGACCGCCGUAUUGGUUUACUUGGAUAACGAGGGAAUGUGGAACCUGAGGUCGCAAGAUCUGGAGAAGAAGUACCUAGGACAAGAGGUGUACCUGAGAGUGAGCCAGGGCAACUCGGAAGUUUCUGAUCCUAGAGAUGAGCUGCCCAUGCCUUCUAAUGCUCUCUUGUGUGGGAAAGCUACUGGUCUAAGAAGUUGGUACAGGUUAGGGCCAGGGCCGGCGUGACCCUGUAAUUAAGAAGUUGUUGGUACAAGCCUCUCACAAGUUGAUUGAUUACAAGAUUUAGAAUUUUAUAGCCCCUUUCACGGCUACAGAAACGGUCAUGGGGUCGAAAAAGUUCAUCACUAACAGGCGG